UGGGCACGAAGAAGAUGUCACGGGGGGAGAAGAGGGGACUCUUUCGGUAAAAUAUGGCCGCUUUACGACCUGAACCCGAAAAAGGAGCGGAUAGCCAGCUAGUUUAACCGCGAACUUCUCCGGGAGAGCAGCCGCGGAGACGGCGAGCCGAAGGCGUCGACAGGCGGAGCUGCGGAGCCCGAGUCCGAGGCUCAGUGUGGACGGAGCGCCGGCGUGGAAGAAGCGAGAGGACGCUGUGGCGCGACUUCUGUGCUCAAUUCAUCUCUCCACAUAAGCUUUGCCCAGUCUGCAUAUAACAGCGAGCCGAAAAAAAGACCCCGCCGGCUCGCUUCGCUCCGGCCUGAGGACGGCGCUGGGAAGCUCCUGCAGGCGUCCACACGCCACAGACCCGAGCUGGUUGGUCUGAGACGGAGGAGCGCUGCGAUCUGACGCUCGUAGCAAAACAUGCAGAGAAAGCACGGGGCACGAAUCAAGCCGAGUGAAAAAAGGAUGGCCAAACCUGAAGAAGAUCUGAGCUUGGAUGCUGAUACAGUGGAACAGAAAAACUCACUGGCCCUAGACGAGGAAGAAGAAUUCACAGAUGUGAGUGUAGAAAUGGAGUGUGACGAUGAGGAAAAGGAAGGAGACGAGGAGAAGAGAGACGAAACUGCAGGAGAAGAGGAAGGAGAACCUGAAGGAGGAGAUGAGAGGAAAGAUGAAGCCGAAGAAGGAGGGGGAGAAGAGGAGGAAGAGGAGGAGGGUCGCGAGCUGGACACUGUGGUAAAGCAAAAGAAAAGCCGCAUGGAAUGCCGCGACUGCGGUAAGAAGUUCACUCGCCGGGAGACGUACAACCUACAUCGCCACUUUCACAUGCAUCAGGAUGAGCAGGCCUCUCUCACCUGCAAAGAAUGUGGCCUCACUUUCCAGCAUCGCAGCAGCCUCAUCAAGCACCGCACUGAACACAAGCGAAAUGGUGUUCCGCAUCCAGCUCUGGCUUCACGAAGACAAAGGCGAAGAGUGUUCAAAGAAGAAACGAUUGUUGACUGCGACCACUGUGGCGAUCGUUUUACAUCACUGAUCAGAUAUAGACUCCACGCUUGUCAGCAAAACCUGGAAAAGCCUUACCGCUGCCCCCUGUGCCGUAGAGAGUUCCAAUACAGAGUGUCCAUCAAUGCCCACAUGCAGAGCCAUUCAUUAGAUAGUCCUUAUCGGUGCCUUGAGUGUAACAAGGGCUUUCAGUGUGCUGUAACGCUGCACAUUCACCAGCGUUCCCAUGCUGCACUUAAACCUUAUGAAUGCCCUGACUGUGGUAUGGUCUUCAGGCACCGUUCAUUUAUGGACGACCAUCGGCGUAGGCACACUGAAGAAAGGCCUCACCAUUGCAAGAUAUGCGGUAAAAGCUUCAAAUACGGCAGCCUUUUGCAACAGCAUCAGUACCUGCACACUGGCCAGAAGCCAUACCGGUGCUCAGAAUGUGGCAAAAGAUUUGCCUUUGCACAAAAUAUGCGUGCACACUGUCGCCAGCAUAAGAAAAACACUGUCUUUACUACUCCAGUGACACGUAUUACAAAUCAUGAUGUGGCAUACAGUACAGAUUUAGGGCACAUGUUAGGUAACAGAAGGAACAAAUUACAAACCACCGAUGUUGAGAAGCAGCGCAACUGUCCGUGUCCUCGGCUUGUUUACAAAGCAGCUGACCUCAGAGAACACAUGUUAAUCCAUGAGGCAGAGUUUGAAAAUCGAGUAAUGCAAAACAGCUGAUCAGGUUUAUGCCUGCCAGUAUU